AUGUCUGGACGAGGCAAGCAGGGAGGCAAAGCUCGCGCCAAGGCCAAGACCCGCUCUUCUCGGGCGGGCCUGCAGUUCCCCGUGGGCCGAGUGCACCGCCUGCUCCGCAAGGGCAACUACGCCGAGCGGGUCGGGGCCGGCGCGCCGGUGUACCUGGCGGCGGUACUGGAGUACCUGACGGCCGAGAUCCUGGAGCUGGCGGGCAACGCGGCCCGCGACAACAAGAAGACGCGCAUCAUCCCGCGCCACCUGCAGCUGGCCAUCCGCAAUGACGAGGAGCUCAACAAGCUGCUGGGCAAAGUGACCAUCGCGCAGGGCGGUGUGCUGCCCAACAUCCAGGCCGUGCUGCUGCCCAAGAAGACUGAGAGCCACCACAAAGCCAAAUAAGGGGGAGGAAGCUUCGCUAGAAACGCUGGAAAACAAAGGCUCUUUUCAGAGCCACCCACCCUGUCAGAGAGAAGGCUGGUACACACACUUUACUGUAUUUUUGCUUUUGGUUAUAACCCUACAAAGUGUGAAGUGGUUCUUGGGAGGAGGUGAAGCAACUCUAAUAAUAAGCCUAAAUAUAGUGUGGUUUAACUCGAGAGCAAUUUUCACCAAAUGAUGAAAUUCUUAAAAUUCUACUCGUGGAAUUUUCAUCUUCAAGUUAGAUUUUAUUGUAAUGGGAGUUACAAUUUGACUAAAAAUAUCCAGGAUUUAUGAAGUCACAUUGAUAUAUUCUUGAUCCUAU